CCACUUGGCUGGCUAUCUUUAGACGAGCAAAUUGCUCCACCACCACCGUUGGGAAGGAGGUCGACAAUCCAUAACCUUUCAUUUUAAAGCAAAAUGAGGUUUUCUGUACCUUUUUAUUUCUUCUGUCUCUGCAGGUCCCGAUUGCACCUGCCAAGAGGCAUGGUUUUCAGUCCCUCCAUCCUCUCUUUCUCGUGCUACGUUCCAUGGAGGGAAUAAAUAUUUGGAGUGAUGCACCUGGAAUACCAAUAAUCUAAUCACAUCGCUCUAGUUUUCCUUGGAGGCAGGAAGAUAUGGAGAAGAAAGGAGUGAUCCUGAUGCACCGCUACGAGCUAGGAAGGUUGCUUGGGCAGGGGACCUUUGCCAAGGUAUACCAUGCGAGGAGCAUUGCCUCGGGCCAGAAUGUUGCCAUUAAGGUCAUUGAUAAGGAGAAGGUGAUGCGUGUUGGAAUGAUCGAACAGAUAAAGAGGGAGAUCUCAAUUAUGCACCUCGUUCGCCAUCCAAACGUCGUGCAGCUUUAUGAGGUCAUGGCCAGCAAGAGCAAGAUCUACUUCGUGAUGGAAUACGUCAAAGGCGGCGAGCUCUUCAACAAGAUUGCAAAAGGGAGCCUCGGAGAGGAUGACGCAAGGAAGUAUUUCCAGCAACUGAUCGGGGCAGUUGAUUUCUGUCACAGCCGUGGUGUCUACCACCGGGAUCUCAAGCCGGAAAACCUCCUCAUCGAUGAGAAUGGGAACCUUAAGGUGUCGGACUUCGGCCUGAGUGCCCUCAAAGAGUCAGAGAGGCCAGAUGGUCUACUCCACACGCUAUGCGGUACGCCGGCCUAUGUUGCCCCGGAAAUCAUCAACAAAAAGGGUUACGAUGGAGCAAAGGCAGACAUAUGGUCCUGCGGAGUCAUCCUUUACGUUCUAUUGGCAGGCUGCCUACCGUUCCAUGACUCCAACCUGAUCGACAUGUACAAAAAGAUAACCAAAGGAGAUUUCAGAUGCCCUCAUCGGUUCCCUUCCGACGUCCGAAAGCUCCUAGCCAGACUCCUCGAACCCAACCCCGAUGCUCGAAUCACGAUCGAGCUGUUGGUAGAGAGUCCGUGGUUUCAGAAAGGAUUUAAGCCGGUGGAAGCACGAGCCCGAUCACAAAGUUUGCCCAACCUGAAAGAUGUGACAUCAGCUUUCAAUGUCGAGAACACUUUCGAUGAUGAGAGCGAUAAAAAAGCAGAGAUGUCAGAACCCGUGAAACCGACCAGUCUAAAUGCAUUUGACAUCAUCGCCCUAUCCCCAGGAUUAGAUCUUUCGGGGCUCUUCGAAAGGGGAAGUGGCGAAAAGCAGGAGGCCAGAUUUACAACCCAGAGGCCGGCUUCAACGAUAGUGUCAAAGCUCGAAGAGAUUGCUGAAAUGGAGCAUUUCAAGGUAAAGAAGAAGGCUGGAUUGGUCAAGUUAGAGGGAAGCAAAGAAGGAAGGAAAGGACAACUUGCGAUCGAAGCACAGAUUUUUGAGGUCACACCUGCAUUCCAUGUAGUCGAGGUGAAAAAAUCAUAUGGAGACACAAUGGAGUACCAGAAGUUUUGUGACCAUGAUCUUAAGCCUUGCCUCAAGGACAUUGUGUGGACUUGGCAAGGAGGAGCAGAUCAGCACCAGCAGCACCUCAACCAAACUUGAUGUCUUGUAGCCCCAUCUUCUGAGACUUAGAUCCAAUUCAACCCUCUUUUCUUGCCUCUGAUUUUGGAACUCCCCAGUAAAAGAUAGUAUGUUUCUCUUGGGUGUCAUGCUCUGGGAUCCUAGUUCAUUGUGCACACACUAGACAGAAACAAUAGCUACCACUAGAGACUCUCUUCUCAUGACUUUAAAGAGAGAGGUAUAUGGUGCAUCAUCCGAUGGUCUAUUGCAUAGCAAGUACAGACCAAUCUCUAUGUACUUUUUUUUCUUUCUUCUUCUUAUAAUGAAGAGCAAGUGCAGAUAAAUCUCUCAGUUGUGCUUCA